UGAUAAGAUUUCAAAAUGUUAAAAAAUCCUUAUUGCUAUAUAUGCUUAGCUAUAAAUAAAAGAACUGUUAACAUUUAUAGAACGGAUCUGCAUUACUUUUAUGAGCAACUGGCAAAUUAUAAGGUUAGAGACACCAAAUGCUGGAUGUGUUACAUUUGCCAGACGAGACUGCAGCAGUGCCACCGGCUGCAGCAGUUGGCCAUACAAACACGGGGCCUUGUUGAGGGUCUCGGCCAGAAUAAGAAUGAUAUCGACUUUGGAGCAAUUGGAUCUUUGUUAGAACUAUCAAUCUAUAAGAAGAAAAAUAUUUCCACAACUCCUCCUACCGCAGAUAAUAUAAAAGAGGAGCUAGAUAUAAAGACUGAACAAAACAAUGAAGAUGCAAUCAUUGAAGAACAAACUGUGGAAAAUACAAAUACGUAUGGAGAAGAUUAUGCACCCGUGUUAGAAUUUGAAGAUGAUGAUGAGUCAGAUAGUGAUACUGUCUGCAAACAGGAAUCAUUGAGCAUUGAUACUUGGCAAGACUCAAGGGUGCUUGAAUUGAAAUUAGUAAAGUUAAGUCAAAGUGUCAUUGACAAAUAUGUCCGCAAAAGUCCUACCACGCAGCACACAGCCACAGAAGAACAUGUUGGGGACAAGGAGAAGUGCGCUGGUGAACAGAGCGUAGAAAAUGAGGAUAAAAAAAAAGGACAGUGCAAGAGUCAUAAAGAACCACUAAGCUGUGAUGUUUGCUUAAAAAUGUUUCCGAUUAAAAGCAUAUUAAUAAAACACAUCCGGACACAUACUGGUGAAAAACCGUUUAGCUGUGAUAUUUGUUUGAAAAAGUUCGGAGAUAAAGUAUGUUUGAGAAGACAUAUAGAAAGGCAUUCUGCUCAGAAACUUUUUACCUGUGAAAUUUGUAAAAAUAAAUUCACAUCAAAAGCCUACUUAAAACAACAUAUGCGAUAUCAUACUGGUGAAAAACUAUUUAACUGCGAUAUAUGCAAUAAGAAAUUCAUAUCACGUGGUAACUUAGAAACUCAUAUAGUAAUUCAUACUGGUGAGAAAGCAUUUCACUGCAAUAUUUGUCAAAAGAAAUUUUCAAGAAAAGGCGCCUUACAACAACACUUGGUGAUUCAUACUCAUGAGAAACCAUAUAACUGCGAUAUAUGCCAAGAGAAAUUUAGAUUACGUAGUAAGUUAGAACAACACUUAAGAAUUCACACUGCUAAGAAUUCAGUAAAGUUGGGUCAAAGUGUCAUUGACAAGUAUGUACGCCAAAGUCCCACCACGCAGCACACAGCCACAGAAGAACAUGUUGGGGACAAGGGGAAGUGCACUGGUGAACAGAGCGUAGAAAAUGAGGACAAAAAGGCACAGUACAAGAGUCACAAGGAACCACUAUGCUGUGAUGUUUGCUUAAAAAUGUUUCCCACUAAAAUCCAGUUGCUAACGCACAUCAGGACACAUACUGCUGAGAAACUAUUUACCUGUGAAAUUUGUAAAAAAAAAUUCAAAUCAGAAAGCUACUUAAAAAUACAUAUACGAUAUCAUACUGGUGAAAAACUAUUUGAAUGCUAUAUGUGUAAACAUAAAUUCACAUCACGUUGUGCAUUACAAAAUCAUUUAGUAAUUCAUACUGAUGAGAAACCUUUUAACUGUAAUAUUUGUCAAAAGAAAUUCGGACAAAAAAGCAACUUAAAUCAACACUUGCUAAUUCAUACUAGUAAGAAACCAUAUAACUGUGAUAUAUGCCAAAAGAAAUUCAAAACAAAAAGCGUCACAAAAAGACACAUGUUAAUUCAUACUGGUGUAAAAGCACAUAACUGUGACUUAUGUCAAAAGAAAUUUUUAACAAGAGGGGACUUAAAAAAACAUUUAUUCCUUCAUACUGGUGAGAAACCAUAUACCUGUGAUAUAUGUCAAAAGAAAUUCGCAUGCCGCUAUAAAUUAAAAGCACACUUAAUCAUUCACAGUGGUAAAAAGUCAGUAAAGUUGAGUCAAAGUGUCAUUGACAAUUAUGUUGGCCAAAGUCCCACAACGCAACACACAGCCACAGAAGAACAUGUUGGUGACAUGGGGAAGUGCGCUGGUGAACAGAGCAUAGAAAAUGAGGAUAAAAAGGCACAGUACAAGAGUCAUAAGGAACCUUUUAACUGCAAUAUUUGUCAAAAGAAAUUCGAAAGAAAAUACAACUUAAAUCAACACUUGCUAAUUCAUACUGGUGAGAAACCAUAUAACUGCGAUAUAUGCCAAAAGAAAUUCGGAACAAAAUACAACUUAAAUCAACACUUGCUAAUUCAUACUGGUGAGAAACCAUAUAACUGCGAUAUAUGCCAAAAGAAAUUCGGAACAAAAAGCGCCUCAAAAUUACACAUGCUAAUUCAUACUGGUGAGAAAGUACAUAGCUGUGACAUAUGUCAAAAGAAAUUCUUAACAAGAGGGGAUUUAAAAAAACAUGUAUUCCUUCAUACUGGUGAGAAACCAUAUACCUGUGAUAUAUGUCAAAAGAAAUUCCCAUUCCGCUGUAACUUAAAAUCACACUUAGUAAUUCACACUGGUAAGAAGUCAGUAAAGUUGGGUCAAAGUGUCAUUGACAAGUAUGUACGCCAAAGUCCUACCACGCAGCACACAGCCACAGAAGAACAUGUUGGGGACAAGGGGAAGUGCGCUGGUGAACAGAGCGUAGAAAAUGAGGAUAAAAAGGCACAGUACAAGAAUCAUAAGGAACCUUUUAACUGCAAUAUUUGUCAAAAGAAAUUCGAAAGAAAAUACAACUUAAAUCAACACUUGCUAAUUCAUACUGGUGAGAAACCAUAUAACUGCGAUAUAUGCCAAAAGAAAUUCGGAACAAAAAGCGCCUCAAAAUUACACAUGCUAAUUCAUACUGGUGAGAAAGUACAUAGCUGUGACAUAUGUCAAAAGAAAUUCUUAACAAGACGGGAUUUAAAAAAACAUGUAUUCCUUCAUACUGGUGAGAAACCAUAUACCUGUGAUAUAUGUCAAAAGAAAUUCCCAUUCCGCUGUAACUUAAAAUCACACUUAGUAAUUCACACUGGUAAGAAGUCAGUAAAGUUGGGUCAAAGUGUCAUUGACAAGUAUGUACGCCAAAGUCCUACCACGCAGCACACAGCCACAGAAGAACAUGUUGGGGACAAGGGGAAGUGCGCUGGUGAACAGAGCGUAGAAAAUGAGGAUAAAAAGGCACAGUACAAGAAUCAUAAGGAACCUUUUAACUGCAAUAUUUGUCAAAAGAAAUUCGAAAAAAAAUACAACUUAAAUCAACACUUGCUAAUUCAUACUGGUGAGAAACCAUAUAACUGCGAUAUAUGCCAAAAGAACUUCAUAUCAAAAAGCGCCAUAAAAAAACACAUGUUAAUUCAUACUGGUGUGAAAGCACAUAACUGUGACUUAUGUCAAAAGAAAUUUUUAACAAGAGGGGACUUAAAAAAACAUGUAUUCCUUCAUACUGGUGAGAAACCAUAUACCUGUGAUAUAUGUCAAAAGAAAUUCCCAUUCCGCUGUAACUUAAAUGCACACUCAGUAAUUCACACUGGUAAGAAGUCAGUAAAGUUGGGUCAAAGUGUCAUUGACAAGUAUGACCGCCAAAGUCCCACCACGCAGCACACAGCCACAGAAGAACAUGUUGGGGACAAGGAGAAGUGCGCUGGUGAACAGAGCGUAGAAAAUGAGGAUAAAAAAAAAGGACAGUGCAAGAGUCAUAAAGAACCACUAAGCUGUGAUGUUUGCUUAAAAAUGUUUCCGAUUAAAAGCAUAUUAAUAAAACACAUCCGGACACAUACUGGUGAAAAACCGUUUAGCUGUGAUAUUUGUUUGAAAAAGUUCGGAGAUAAAGUAUAUUUGAGAAAUCAUAUAAAAAGGCAUUCUGCUCAGAAACUAUUUACCUGUGAAAUUUGUAAAAAUAAAUUCACAUCAAAAGCCUACUUAAAACAACAUAUGCGAUAUCAUACUGGUGAAAAACUAUUUAACUGCGAUAUAUGCAAUAAGAAAUUCAUAUCACGUGGUAACUUAGAAACACAUAUAGUAAUUCAUACUGGUGAGAAAGCAUUUGACUGCAACAUUUGCCAAAAGAAAUUUUCAAGAAAAGGUUCCCUACAACACCACUUGCUGACUCAUACUGGCGAGAAACCACAUCACUGUGAUAUAUGUCAAAAGAGAUUUGUAAGAAAAAGCAAAUUACAACAACACUUGUUGAUUCAUACUGGUGAGAAACCAUAUAACUGCGAUAUAUGUCAAAAGAAAUUUAGAAGCAAAGGUAACUUACGAGCACACUUGCUAAUUCAUAAUCGUGAGAAGCCAUAAAGCUGGGAUACCUCUUCUGGUCCAUUGAAAUGUUACAAUUU